AUGAGCCUUAAAUCGUCAAAACACAUCGCUGAAGUAUUAGAUGAACUUGAAGGUAUUUCAGAUAACGAAUCAAUUGAUAUUAUUAUAAUUCCUCCCGAUGUAGAUAGUUUGACUGACGAAGAACAUUUCGAUGAUAAUGAGAUGGCUAUAAACGAUGUUGUAGACGUUCCACUUGAUGUGUGUGGAACAUUUGAAAUUUUAAAAAGUUCCGGUGUAGAUAAUCUUUCAAAACCAAAUCCUUCCAAAAAACGUAAGGAAACACCCCCAAAAUGGAAAUCAAAAAUGCACCCCAACUAUACUGAUGGACCAAUUAACGAAGAACAAAAAUGUGUUGCACAAUUAGUUGAAAAUUAUGGUGGGACGAACGUGUUGCAAUGUUUUUUAUUAUUUUUCGAUGAUACUGUGAUUAAUCUCAUAAUAGACAAUUCAAAUAAAUAUGCUACCUACUGUAACAGGCAUAACUUUUCUUAG